AUGGAGUGCUCGGGCACCUGUACCUCAUGGAACUGGAAGGGCUUCGGCUUUAUUGACAUGGCGGGAGCCACUGUCUUCGUGCACCAGUCCGAGUGCGAACAGGGCAAGGUCCCGAAGGUGGGCGACGUCCUCACCUUCACCACGGAGCCUCGAAGAAACAACCCCGAGCAGGUCCAGGCGAAGAGCGUGAAGGGCUGCACGGGCCAGGCGGAGGUGCCUUGGACCCCCGCCGGCUUCCAGGGCCCCAUCGAGGGCACCGGCGCCCACACGGGGAAGUGCAAAUCCUUCGGCCCCAAGGGCUAUGGGUUCAUCAUCAUGGAGGAUGGUGCUGAGAUGUUCUUCAAUGUCAAGGACUGUGUGGGUAGCAAGCCGAUUGCCGGCGACACGGUGAAAUUUGACGUGGUGCAGAGCGAUUCCAAGCCAGGCCAGAUGCAGGCCAAGAACAUCACAGGCGGCAGUCAGUCCUUGGAUUCCCCACAUCCGGGGAGCAAAGCGAAUUGGGGCAAAGGGGACUGGGGUUGGGGCGGGAAGGGCAUGAUGGGAAUGAUGGACUGGGCAUUCGGCAAGGGCGGGAUGGGCUGGGGCGGCGACAAAGGCUGGGGCAAGGGGGGCUUCGGCGGCGGCGCGAUGGGCCCCUACUCCAAGGGCUUUGGAAAAGGCUGGUGA